AUGCCGGACUACAAACCUCUCAUCGUCGACGACGUCCAGCACGCCAUCACUGCUGUGAACGACAUUGUCAUUGCUCUCCAGCGCGAUGCGCCGUUGACCUCCGACCUCGUCGAGGUGAACUACUCCAAACCCACAGUCGACAGCUUCCACCAGUCCAGUCAAGCUGUCGUAAACAAUAUCCGGGCCGCCUCAGACAAGGCGUCCCAGUGGCUCUCGGAGACCGGCGACCAGCUCUCGCGCAAUCUCGAGGAGUCCCACCGUGUGGAGGCCUCGGUGAGGGAGACGUCCUCCCAGCUCGCGCAGACGAACCAGCACGUCGCUGCUACUCAGAAUCACAUCGAUGCUCUCAACGCCGAGAUCAACAACGCCAACGCCCACCUUUCCAACACCCACCGCGCUUUGUCCGACGCGCAGGAUAGACUCGACAGGCGCAAGCGGGAACAAAGGGCCGUACGCAUCGGAGCCGCAGCGUCGCUCUUCUUUGCUCCGAUCGUUGCCAUAGGCCUCGUAGCUCUAGAUCUCGGCCCGAUGGAAGACGCAGUCAACUCCCAGCGAGGUGCCGUACGCGCGGCCGAGAACCAACUCGCGUCCCUUCACCAGCAGCUCCAGUCGCAACAGACGGCGCUUUUGAACGAGCAGAGCCGCAGCCAGGCCCUCUCCAACCAGGUGGCGCAGCUGCAGCAGCGCGCACAGGGUCUGAAGGCCGAGGUCGCGCGGCUCAGCGACGCGCGAGCGAAAUUGGCGGAGUUGUCUGCGAACAUCAACAACUGCCUGCACGCCGUCGACGCGGCGCUGAGCAGCUCCGUGACGAUCACCUCCAUGGGCUCGAUGCGCAACGUCGUCACCGGUAUCAAGGGAAUCGCGACCGGGCUCAGCUCGGAUGGGAUGUUCGCGGGUCCUGUCGCCCAGCUGAACGACGCUGCCUUCGGAGCCCUGGAUCGUCGCGUGACUGCGAUUGUGCAUCACAGGCUGACCUUCUAA